AUGGCCGAAAACGUAGCAAAGAAGCUUAAGACCUCCUCCCCCUUGAUUGGGACUCACAACGGCCACUUCCACGCCGACGAGGCCCUGGCCGUUUACCUCCUUCGACUGCUCCCCACCUACGCCUCUUCCCCUCUCAUCCGCACCCGCGACCCCGCAGAGCUCGAGAAAUGCCACACCGUCGUCGAUGUCGGUGGUGUGUAUGACGCCUCUAUCAACCGGUACGACCACCACCAGCGCACCUUCUCAACCACCUUCCCCGAGCGCAACACCAAGCUCUCCUCCGCCGGUCUGGUCUACAUGCACUUCGGCAAGGCCAUCAUCGCCCAGAAGCUCUCCCUGCCCGUCGAACAUGCCGACGUAGACCUCCUCUACGAGAAGCUCUACACCGACUUCAUCGAAGCCAUUGACGCAAACGACAACGGUAUCUCCGUCUACGAUCAGGCCGCCAUUACCGCCGCUGGUAUCGAGAAGCGCUUCAAGGAGGGUGGUAUCACCCUCGCCUCAAUGGUCGGCGACAUGAACAACCCGGAUCCCACCAGCCCACCCGGCGAGCCCCAAGACGAAGACAGCCUCUUCGGACGCGCCAGCACACUCAUUGGCAACGCCUUCGCCCGCAAGAUGCACCACGCCAGCACAUCGUGGAUGCCCGCCCGCACAACCGUGGGCGCCGCGUACGCGUCCCGCAAGGACGUUCACCCCUCCGGCCGCAUCAUCGUCCUCCCCCAGGGCGGCGUGCCCUGGAAGGAGCACCUGUACAACUUCGAGGCCGAGGCCGCGGGGAGCAAGAAGAUUGACCCCGAAGCCCAGGUCUACUACGUUCUGUACCCCGAGAACGCCACUGAGGAUGCCAAGUGGCGUAUUCAGUGCGUUUCUGUCUCCGAGAGCAGCUUCGAGUCCCGUAAGCCUUUGCCUGAGUCUUGGCGCGGUGUCCGCGACCAGGACCUUGAUGGUGUCAUGGCUGCGGAGGCAGAGAAGAAUGGUCAGAGCAAGAUCCCUGAGGGUGCUGUCUUUGCUCAUGCCAGUGGUUUCAUUGGUGGCCAUAAGACACGGGAAGGUGCUAUGGCUAUGGCUGAGCGCAGCCUUGGUCUAUAA